AUGGACUCACAAACUUGGCUAUGCCGCUGCGCGAUUGCUGUCUCUUUACUAUUAAAUGCGGCUUUAAAUGGUGCGUGGUUAAUGUCGCAGGCGGGUCUGAAUGACUCUAAUUACAGUGUGCGCCACCUUUCCACACAUUUUUCGCGGGUAUUCCUCAGCAUAAGCGUGGCGACUAACGAUUUCCCCACUUUAAUCGAGGCUCAGUGGCCAGCAGCCUACUUGCCCUUGCGCACCAAUGUUUUCCCAAACAUUGAAGCUCAUGCAAACAGGGCUACAUUGGAAUCGGACUGCACGCGACUGCAGCAAGCACACUGGUCGCAGGUCGAUAGCCUCAGUCGCUUAUGGGUUAUGGAUUCUGGUUGGCCGGAGUAUAAAUGCCCACCUAAACUGCUGGUCUUUGAUUUGAUACGUAGCAAUGUAGAGCUGCUUCGCAUCGAUUGUGGCCAACACAUAAAUGCCUCAGCCAGCAUGGUGGUGCAGCUGGGACCGAGGCCAAGCAGCUGUGAGCUGGAGCGCCACAUAUUCUUUAUAAUGGAAAGCCAGCCGCAAAUUGUGGCCUACGAUAUACUGGAGCAAACGUGGCAUCGGCGCGACCUAAUGAGCAAUAAGUAUGAGAACAUGAGCGAAGCCUUCCACAUCAGGCCCAUUGACUUUACCUUUGGCACUCGAGGGGAAUUAAUUGUUGCAGAUCAGGAUGGUGUGCUGUACAGCUCAAUCGAGGAACUGCAACUAAACAGAAAGGGCGAGCAGCACUUGCCGAAAGCACGCAUUCAGCUGAAACGCCUUGGCAGCCUGUUGGGUCCCAGUCGUAGCAUGUUGGUAGAUAACCUCGGCGCGCUCUUUUAUGUGAUACCGAAAUUCGGAGCAGUGGUACGCUGUGCACAACUGAAAAACUUAACCGCCGAAGGCAACGAGAUUAUAUAUCUCACCUCCAAGAAUAUUCAACAGAUUUUCACGAGUGACGAGGGCGCCAUUUGGGUGCUUAGUGAUCGAGUUCUGAAACCGCAAGACAUUUGCUAUCCGGGUUUCUUGUAAAAUGUUUUCAUAUGCGAUUUGGUUGAGAUUAAUAUUUUUGUGAUAG